CCUAAUUGUUGUAUAUACAUAUUUACGCAACUACUACUACUACGUAGGUAUAAUUCCUGGGUGCGAGAAAUAAAACCCUAGCGCAGCUAGCCAUUAAGCAGGUAAUUAAACGGAAGCUAAGCAAUUCAAACACAAUGCAAAUCUUCGUGAAAACUUUGACGGGGAAGACGAUCACUCUCGAAGUAGAGAGUAGCGACACCAUUGACAAUGUCAAGGCCAAGAUCCAAGACAAAGAAGGAAUUCCACCAGAUCAGCAACGAUUGAUAUUUGCGGGAAAGCAACUUGAAGAUGGAAGAACUUUGUGUGAUUACAACAUCCAGAAAGAAUCAACCCUUCAUCUGGUUCUGCGGCUGAGGGGAGGCAUCUUCGAGCCUUCUCUUAAGGCUUUGGCUCUCAAAUACAUGCAGCACAAAAAAGUCUGCCGCAAGUGUUAUGCUCGUCUCCCUCUAAGGGCUGUGAACUGCAGGAAGAAGAAGUGUGGUCACACCACUGAGUUGAGGACCAAGAAGAUCGGGAAGUACAAUUAAAGUCAUGUGAGAUCGCGAAUUAGAAUUGCUUAAAUCGGGGAAUUAAAUAAUUUCUUUAUGAAUAGUAUCUACGGUAUCACAUACUAUAUUUCUUGCACACCCCUAUGUACUUGAGGUAGAAGUGUGCAAAAUAUUGCUUGGUUAUUUCUUAAAAAUUUACUUGAGUGAGUGAGUGAGUGACAAGUCAUUGGUAUUAUAUACUAUCGUACUAUUUCUUGCACACCCUUACGAGUCACUAUUUCCUGCACACCCUU